GAGCGGAAAUUCCUGCGCCGCCGGGAAGCGGGCGGAGCUCGCCAUGGAGCCGGUGGAGGCCUGGACCCCCGGGAAGGUGGCCGCUUGGCUGAGAGGCAUUGAUGAUUCCCUGCAGGACUAUCCCUUCGAGGACUGGAGGCUGCCUGGCAAGUACCUGUUGCAGCUCUGCCCCCGUAGCCUCGAGGCUCUGACCGUGUGGCCUCUGGGCCACCAGGAGCUCAUCCUGGAUGCGCUGGAACAGCUCCGGGCCCUGAGCUCCAACCUACAGACAGAGAACCUGCAGAGCCUGGCGAAGAGGCUGCUGGAAGGAACCCAGGCCUUCCAGAGCUUAGUGCAAGGCCGCCUGAGGGACUGUGCCGAGACCCCCGCCGAUGUCCUCAGCGCUGCUGUGGAGCUAGUGCACAAGGCCCGGGCCCUCCUCUCCUGGCUCAACAGGUACCUCUUCUCCCACUUAAACGACUUCUCUGCCUGCCAGGAGAUCGGGGUAUUGUGUGGGGAGCUGGGCCAGGUCUUGCAGGAGGACUGCCCAGAAGUUGAGAAGGAGAGCAGAGUCCUGAGAAUCUGCAACCACGUGGCUGGGAUCUGCCACAACAUCCUGAGCUGCAGUCCGGAGGAGCUGCUAGAGCAGAGGGCUGUGUUGGAGCAGGUGCAGCUGGACGAUCCUUCGGGCCUGGAAAUCCACACCACCAGCAACUGCCUACACUUUGUGUCCCAUGUGAGUGCCCAGGUUCCUACUGACUCCCGACUGCAGAUCCUGCCUGGAGAUGAGGUUGUCCAGAUCAACGAGCAGGUGGUGGUGGGCUGGUCCCAUCCGAACGUGGUGAGAGAGCUGCUGCGGGAGUCGGUAGGAGUCAGCUUAGUGCUGAAGAAAAUCCCGGUGCCAGAGACCCCCCCACAGACGCCCCUGGACUCCCCACACCUGGAAAGCCAGUCACUGCCAGUGGCCCCGCUGUCUCCUAGGGUCCCAUCUGAAGGUCUCUUUGCCUUUGACCUGCCUGCAGACCCAAGCCGUGGGCCCAGCCCUGCCUGGACCGAUAGUUUCAAAGCCUCAGCAGAGUCUACCUCCGCCGACCCUGAGCCAUUGCCCGUCUCCUCUGAACCCCCAGCCACAUUCCCAGCAGAAAUAGCAGAGCCUCUGGGGCCCUCGGAACAGGAACAUCGAGACAAGAGUCCUGUCCUAGGCCGGAAGAAAUCAAAAGGCGUGGCCACAAAGCUGAGUCGCCGGCGAGUAUCCUGCCGGGAGCUGGGCCAGCCGGACUGCGAUGGCUGGCUUCUGCUGCGCAAGGUCCCCGGCGGCUUCAUGGGCCCACGCUGGCGGCGCUGCUGGUUUGUGCUCAAGGGACACAUGUUGUAUUGGUACCGUCAGUCCCAGGAUGAAAAGGCUGAGGGCCUCAUCAAUGUCUCCAACUAUAGUCUGGAAAGUGGACAUGACCAGAAGAAAAAAUAUGUGUUCCAGCUCACCCAUGACGUGUACAAGCCCUUCGUCUUUGCUGCGGAUACCCUGUCAGAUCUGAGCAUGUGGGUACGCCAUCUCAUUACUUGCAUUUCCAAGUACCAGUCUCCAGGCCGGGCUCCCUCAGCCCCGGAGGAAGACUGCUACAGUGAGACAGAAGCAGAAGAUCCCGACGAUGAGGCGGGGUCCCGCUCCUCUUCGCCCAGCCCAGCUCAGACUUGGAGUCCACUUCAUGGCAACACAUCGCCUGUGACCUCCCCCAUGCAGCGGAGCCCAAGGACUUCCUUCAGCUCGCCAGCAGACAACAGUGAGGUGGAACUGGAAGGUAUGGUCAGGGGGCUGAGGCAGGGAGGAGUGUCCCUCCUGGGUCAGCUACAGCCCCUGACCCAUGAGCAGUGGCGGAGCUCUUUCAUGAGGCGCAAUCGAGACCCCCACCUCAACGAGCGGGUGCACCGUGUGCGGGCGCUGCAGAGCACACUCAAGGCAAAGCUGCAGGAGCUUCAGGCCUUAGAGGAAGUGCUGGGUGAUCCUGAGCUCACCGGAGAGAAGUUCCGCCGAUGGAAAGAGCAGAACCAGGAGCUGUACACCUGGGGAGGGGUGCAGGCUGAGGGCAGCUCCCCAGCCCUCUCCUCUGACUCCAGGGGACAGUCCCCCCAGCCCCUGCCCUCUGAUCCAGAGGAGUCCUCCCAACUCCCCUCUUUGACCCCAGAAAACAACCUCCAACCUCCUGACCUCUGACGUGGUUAGUACUCUGUCCCUGAGUAUUCCCAGCCUCGUCAUGUCGUAGACAGCAUGCAUGUCCAUGGGCUCAUUGGAGGCUGAAAGUAAUGCUGGUCCCCCCAAAUUGACAUCCUGCCUGGGCUUAUGCCAUUUCUCAUUUUGUCUCCCUUGGAGCAGAGCAAAAGGAGCUCUGGGCCCCCACCCUCAUCUCUGAGAGCAAGAAAUGCUCCCACCCAUCCUCAGAUCUGGCACAUACCUGUCCACUGUGGUCCCUCAUCAGGGUUCGCCAGAACCGUCUUGGGCAGGUGUCUGUUUUACACAAAAGAUGUUUUUCCGACGAAUAAAGCUGACUACUCUAAAAUGAA